AUGGAGAUAAACAUGUUGAUUUCUGCGGUGGAAUGGUUUUACACUCACUUGAAGUUAUCGGACGUGGCUUUAGCCCUAGUAGGGCUUUUUCUUCUUAGUUACUUGCGCGAGAAGCUAGUGAACAAAGGCGGGCCGGUGAUGUGGCCGGUGCUGGGGAUCAUACCGAUGUUAGCCCUAAACAAACACGAUCUGUUUGGUUGGUGCACGAGAAGCGUGGUCAGAGCCGGUGGGACGUUUCAUUACAGAGGAGUUUGGUUCGGUGGGGCUUAUGGUAUCCUGACUACAAAUCCUGCGAACAUCGAACACAUUCUCAAAAACAACUUCAAAAACUACCCAAAAGGCGAGUUUUAUAGAGAGAGGUUUCGUGAUCUUCUGGAAGAUGGGAUCUUCAAUGCUGAUGAUGAGCUGUGGAAAGAAGAGAGACGUGUGGCUCAGACGGAGAUGCAUUCUUCUCGUUUCUUGGAGCACACGUUUACUACAAUGAGGGAUUUGGUGCAAGAGAAGCUGGUGAAGCUAAUGGAGAAGAUGGCCACUUCGAAUAGAGUCUUUGAUCUACAAGAUGUGCUCUUGCGUUUCACCUUCGACAACAUCUGUAUCUCCGCCUUUGGGGUUGACCCGGGAUCGCUAGAAAUCGAUUUACCUGAGAUUCCUUUUGCUAAGGCCUUUGAGGAAGCCACGGAGUACACGCUUGAAAGGUUUCUGAUGCCUUAUUUUGUGUGGAAGCCAAUGAGGUUUUUUGGGAUUGGGUAUGAGAGGAAGCUGAAAAAAGCGGUGAGACUCGUUCACGCGUUUGCGAAUAAGACAGUGAGAGAGAGGAGGAGCAAAAUGAGGAAACUCGGGAACUUGAACGAUUCCGCUGAUCUCUUGUCACGCCUUAUGCAGAGAGAGUACGAAAAAGAAGAAGAUACCCCAAGAGGGAACUACUAUUCAGACAAGUACUUCAGAGAGUUCUGCACAAGUUUCAUCAUCGCUGGUCGAGACACCACAUCGGUUGCCCUCGUGUGGUUCUUCUGGCUAGUUCAGAAACAUCCCCAAGUCGAGAAGAGAAUCCUAAGCGAAAUCAGAGAGAUCCGAGGGAAGUUUGCAAAGCAAGAAACAAAAGCUCGGUUCGAGGCAGAGGAGCUAAGGGAAAUGGUGUAUCUGCAAGCUGCUUUGACAGAGUCGUUGAGGCUUUACCCUUCGGUGCCAAUGGAGAUGAAACAAGCUUUAGACGACGAUGUGUUACCCGAUGGCACAAGGGUGAAGAAAGGCGCAAGGAUUCAUUACUCGAUCUUCUCGAUGGGGAGAACAGAGUCGAUUUGGGGAGAAGAUUGGGAAGAUUUCAAACCAGAGAGAUGGAUCAAAGAUGGAAGAAUUGUGAGUGGAGAUCAGUUCAAGUACGUUGUGUUCAACGCAGGUCCAAGACGUUGUGUUGGGAAGAAGUUUGCGUAUACACAGAUGAAAAUGGUGGCUGCAUCAAUCUUGAUGAGGUAUUCAAUCAAAGUCGUCCAAGGACAGGCCAUUGUUCCCAAACUCACCACCACAUUAUACAUGAGGAACGGUCUGCGUGUGACGCUCCAGCCCCGGGACUGGUAA